UAUUAGUAUUAUUACUCUGUUAAAAUUUUAACAUAUUUUUCGAAAUGAUACAUUUUAGAGUUCAUGGCAAACAAAAUCUUACUUUAGAACUAAUAAUAAAAAAUUUGAGUUCUUUAGUUGUAUUAACAAAACAUCAACUGAUAUCAUAUUAAAAUUUUAUAUAGUUUCAACUCGAAUUUCAUUAAUAAUGAGUAAAUCAAUUAAAAACUAGUAUAUAUUAGUGUUGAUAUUUCCAAACUUUUAAAGUAAAAAUUAGUUUUUCAAAAAUUAAUACAAAAUAACGGGUUUCUCAUUCAAUCUAUUCUUGUGAAUAAGUUAUGGUUAACUAUGCUAUUAACCAUUUGUGUGACGACGGUAAUUAUGAGAUGAAUGAGGACUGUAUAGCUAUAAAUCUUACAUUACCCUGACCAAUGAGUAGUUGCUACGAGGAAAGUGGGAGAGUGGCAUAAUGUGUAAUAAAGUGAUAAAUUGAAGGGUAAGAUCAGAGCGGCAAUGGGAAAUGGUCAGAAGCGUAUAAAAAUAAGCAAAUGGCGUGGGACUGUGGGAGAGAGGUCUGCGUAGAGAUGCAGAGACAACAUCAUUACCUUCUUUGCAUGCGUCUUCGCGUCUUAAAGCUGAAGCCUCUUUCUUUCUUUCUUUCUCCUUUUGUCAACUCCAUUUCAAAUUUAUUAAACUAAACUUACUUUACCACUUCUACAUUUAAUGUCUGUAAAAUGUUGUUACAAAAUGGUACUUUUUGUUAGCAUAAUGUUUAAUUGUUCAUCAUGAUGAAAAUAAUUGUCUAGUUUGAGUGGUUUCAAGUUUCAACAUCUAAUGAUGAAAAAUAUUUAUUGUCAUUGCAUUAAAACACGGAAUUGCUUACGUUUUAAAAGUCUAGAGUUUAGACACGUUAACUACAAAUCAGGCCUAAAAUGUAAUGUAGCCCAGCCCAUUAAAUAUCGCAGCUAUUGGUGCUAUGUGAGGUCAUUUUCUUAAUUUUUUUUUCUUUUUGGGUUUUGAAAAUCUGUAUGGUUUGAAAAUAUUUUCCCUAGUUAGUAAUUUGGGUCUUUUGAGGAACUUUAUUUCUCGUUUUCUUUUCGCUAGUUGUAUCGUGCCAAAGUUUAUAUUGUAGUAGGAUAGUUUUAGUGCCCUUUCGGUGGACUUAGGAACAUAAGUGAUUUUGAAUUUGUCACAUUGAUCUAGUUGAAGUUUGGAUUGGCGUUCUUAGCCAUUGUUUCUUUGCAUGAGUUAUUUCUAUUGGUUAGAUAUCAUUGCUUAAUGCUCUAAAGAUUCAGCUUCUAUCAUUGCUCAAUGCUCUAAAGAUUCAGCUUCUCAAAAUUCAUGUCAGAUCUGGCAAAAGAAAUAUUUUUUCAGUGUUCAGGAAAGAAUAUCACAGCUCCUGCCUCCUACUAAAGUCAAGUCAGUCUCAGGCAGCCCACGCUCUCACGUAAAUGCUUAAAUAAUCUAGUCACGCUUAAACUCAGUGGCAAACAAACAACAAGAGACAUUGAUAAAGAGUAUAGUGAAUCACUGUCUCUACAUAUGGUCAAAGAAAAGUGUGUCAAGUUUCUUUAUUACUAUUCCUUCUUACUCGUUUUAAGAACUAAUCAUACUAAGUUUUCUAGCUGAACCGAUCAUAUACGCUGAACCGAUCUGAUGCAAAGAAGGCGACAAGCAAUAACGGAGUUGUAAAACAGCAUGUGUCAAACCAGUAAUUAAACCAAAAAAAAAAAUAUAAGACAAACAGUUAUAGCUUUACCACGUACGUGAUUACUGUGUUCAAAACGACGAUGUUGUUGCCUCAGCCGUCCAAAGCAUUUAGUCGACGUAACGUAGUGCUCUUAAGAUUAGCAUGAGAAUUUUAAAAUCAAAUAAUUUAGCUAAAAUGGAUAACGAUGACUUAUAAUAUAACCAGUGACAUGCUUGCAUAUUUCCCUGCAUGAAUCUUUCUCCCUUUUGAUUACUAUUAUUUUCUUGCAGCACUUGUCCAAAUAUAUGAACCGAAGGUUUUUAUUUUUAUUUUUAUUUUCCCACCAUAUUUGAUGUUUUGACCUAAUUUGCUGAGUAGUGUCAUCCACGUUCCUGUUUAAUCUAAAAAAAAUUAUAAAAUAUCCACGUAUGAUUGAUUUAAGUGGCAACUGCACCACAAUAUUAAAGAACCGGUCAACAAAAAUUACAUAAAGAAAUACAACUAAUAAAAUAAAAUAAAAACAGGGAAAACAAAAGGUUUUGGUGAUCAAAACUCAACGACAAAGAGUGGGUUAGUUGGAUGGCCAUUUUGUUCGCAUGUCUGCUCUCUCCUCCACCUUCUUUUUAUGCUCUCCGAAAUAUUCGUCUAUUCAAACCAUAAAAUACAUUUUUAUUAUAUUUUCUAUCAAAAUUUUAAAAUGAAAACUGUUUCACCUACUGACCUACAUAUUAUUAUUGUUCGAAUAACUUGAUAAAAACGGCUAAAAUCAAUCAAAUAAUUUUUUAAUCAAUUUAAUAUCAUGGUAUUAUUUUCAUAAAAAACAUGUGAUAAAAGAGUACCAUUAGUUUCAGAUUAUUUUGUGAUUAUAGAGAUUGAAAUACUUGAAAGAAGACGAAAAACUCACAAUUUUAAUACAUGAAAUUAAACUGAAUACUUAGUGGGAGGGGCCAUUGGUGAAAUCAAUCUCUAUUUUCAACAUUAUUGGAAUGAAACAUAUAACAUAUAACACAAUUGGCUAAAAAACCAACAGAAUAAUUUUUUUAUCAAUCUAAUAUUUUCAAUAUUAGUUUUUAUAAAAAAAGAACAUGUGAUAAAAAUGAUAACUUAUAAGAUACAAAAUCCGGAUUAGUACAAAGAUUUUUUUUUUUUUUUUGGUAUAAAUGUUAAGACAAAGAUUUUAAAUACAGGGAACCUAAAUAGUUGCAGUUUUAAUACAUGGAACGAAACUGAAUAAUUCGUUGGAGAGAUUAGUGGAAUUAAUCUUUCUUUUUUCGACAUUAGUGGAAUUAAUCUAACGGCAGUUAAGUCUCAAUUAAAAUAUUAAUAAUUAAAUUAGUUUAUCCAAAAACUAAUGGAAAAGACAAGUGUCAAUAGUAAAGAGAUUCAUAUAUAGAAGAAAUUAAGAACCCCAACACAAAUGUGUGAAAGAAAGCUUAAAACAAAAACAGAAUUUUCCUUUUAAAAAAAGGUUUUUCUCGUUCUUCAGCGAGAUUAAAGCUCUGUAUGGAAGAAUCUCACGGCAUCAAUGGCGUCGAUGAUUCAUAUCGUCAUCUCCCUAUUCUCUACUUGACUUUUCUAUCGAUCUGGUCUCUCUCCGCUUGUUCUUGGACGGUUAACACUUUCAAGAACCGCAAUUUUCAGACAAAUAGCUUACAAUGGAUUCUUGCUUCAGUUCCUUUGAUCAAAGCAUUACAGCUAACCCUAUCUUUCCUCUUUUGGCAUUCAUGUUUUCACCACCAAAUAUGCUCUCUGUGGAUGUCUUUUGGUGUAUAUGUGACUGGUGUUCUGUUUCAGACAGCUUCGUUUGUUUCCUUUUUACUCAUCUCUCACGGUUACUGCAUCACGUGCGAACGGCUCUCGUUGACAGAACGUAGAACCACAGCUUCACUUGGUUGUGUCUUUUACUUGACUCUCGUUGGAUAUAGAGCUUCUGUUCCUUACUUCGCAGUGCUUCUGAUACUUAACUACAUGAUCUCAUUCUAUGUUAUUUUCCACCAUAUAUCACAAAACUUAUCGGUGUUAAGAGAACAGCUGAGUUUCAUUGAGGAUGAGAAUGUUCAAGCUAUGCAUGAUGCUGUCUAUGCUAAAUACAUCAUGUUCAAAAAGUUCCAAGGAGCUAUGCAGAUAGUAGCAAUGGCAGAAACUGUGAUCUAUAUGAACAUGGAUAACUCCUCCCAGAACUAUUGGCUCAGGCUACUGAUUAGAGAGUGGGCUCAGUUUUGCAUUUUUCUCUAUAUUGGAUGGACUUUCAGGUCUCAGGACAUGGCACCAAGGUUCUCUGUAAUGCCUACACUAAAACCCAAAGAUAAUACAGUUAUCCCUCCAAUUUACAGCAUGGAAAUGGAUGAAAAAACAUUUAAAGAAUUCAGAAGUCAUGAAUGGAACAUUGGAGUGCCAAUGCCACAUUCAAACUAUGAAAGGCAAAAAGAUUCAGUUCUAGUGAUAAUUCAGCAUCCUAGAUAGCAUUCAAAGACAAAGCAAACUAUACAAAGUUGCCUCUCUCUUUUAUCUUCCUAGAAAGGGCAAAAGUUCACACACACAGAGACACAGAAACAAAGUUUCUCUCAGGUUAAGACAAGGUGCUUCCUCAGCAACUAGCAAGUGCAAUGAGUUCUAUCCUCACAACCUCUCUUUUAUUUUAUUUUUGUUAUAGUUUUGUUUCUUGCUUUUCUCUCUUUUGGGUAUUACAUAGAGAAAUAAAAGGUAUACUUUCUUGUAUAGAUGCAAAAGUUAACUAGUAGAGCUAUAACAUUACUAAUGAAAAUGUAAAAAUAGUCCCUACAUUCUCUUGUU